UGGCCCUCGGAACUGCCCAGGAGGGUGACAAUGGCAUGUCCCCAUCUGUCCUUCUGCCAGGUCCUGUGCUGGGGGCUGGUGCCCAGCGCAUUAACUGUCCCGGCACAGGGCAGCACUGGCCUCAUCUUACAAAGGGGGAGAGCAAAGCCUGGGGGGGGGCUGAACAAUGUUCUUGCUGCCGGGAAUAGCUGCCGGCUCUGCCUGCCGGCCCCACGUGAGGCCAGCCCCACUGCCAGGCUGCCCGUGCAUGGCAGGGGAGGUCGGGCAGCCACCGGGAACCCUGGCAGGACUGCUCGGGACGCUCCGCACCUGAGGUCAUCCUCCAAAGCGGCUCAGAGGGACUGUGGCUUCUAGCAUCACGUGCUGCCUGCUGCUGGCCGAGAGGUUUGGGGAGGCCCCAUCGCCUCCCUUUGGGAUGGGCAGCAACCCCCUCCCCGGGUGCCAGGGAGCCUUGGGCGAUGCCGGUGGGUGCUGUAGCAUCUAGUUGCAUGGGAAUGGGGUGAUGGGAGCUGUGGGGAGCAUCAUGGCUGCCCAGGGUGGGUGGUACAGGCACAGGACCCAUGGAGUGACCCUGGACCAUGUCCCUGCUCUGCUGAGCCUCUCUGGACGAGCUGCUGCGGGCUGUGUACACCCCAGCUCCCCACGCCCAGCACGGGGGUCCUGGGCAGCCCGUGGGGGGGGGGGGCAGUGGGUCUCUUUAAGAGGGUGCGGGGCUGUGGAGGUGAGCCAGGGCCACCAGAAAGCAGGAGGGUGAGCUCAUGGCAAAGCUGCCCCAGUCAUGUGGAGCAGCCACAGCUGUUAGUGCCCUUGGGCCACGGGACGGAGGGGCUGGCGGCAUAAAGCCCCGCGGCCAGCGGAGUCGCCGGCAGCGCCGGGAGCCAGGGCUGGGCGCUCCCUGCCCGUGGUGGUGAGGAGGAGAGGCUGCAUCCUGUGCAGGGCUGUGCACCACAGGCAGACAUGGAGCUGGAAGUGCAACGAGCCAAGGAGCUCAUCGAGCAGAAGCUGGCGGAGGAGGAGGAGGAGGAGAAGCGACUCAAAGAGGAUGGCGCAUGGGAGCCGCCGGCCGUGGAGCGGAUGAACACACCCGAGCUGGAGGAGGAGAAACGCCGUGGCCCCAGGAACCGGGGACUCGAGGCCGUCAAGGGCCAGGAGCGGGUGCGGAAGAGCUCAGUGGACCUGCGGCGGGAGAUCAUUGACGUGGGGAGCAUCCAACGCCUCAUCGAGCUCCGCAAGCAGCGCCGGCAGCGCAGGGAGGAACGGGCAGCCACCCCUGAGCCCCCCCCACCGCCAGAGCCCCUGGAGAUUGAGGGUCCUGUGGAGCCGGAGACCUUCCUGCGAGCCGCCGUCCAGGGCAAGAUGCGUGUCAUCGAGAAGUUUCUGGCAGACGGUGGCUCCCCUGACACAUGUGAUGAGUUCCACCGCACGGCCCUGCACCGUUCCUCACUGGAGGGACACACAGACAUCCUGCAGAAGCUGCUGGACAGCGGGGCCACUGUUGACUUCAGGGACCGGCUGGACUGCACCGCCAUGCACUGGGCCUGCCGGGGCGGGCACCUGGACGCCGUCAAGCUGCUGCAGGACCACGGGGCAGACCUCAGCCUGAAGGACAAGCUGCUCAGCACCCCCCUCCACGUGGCCACCCGGACUGGGCACCCUGACAUUGUGGAGCACCUCAUCCACUGUGGGGUGGACAUCAACUCCCCAGACAGGGAAGGCGACACGGCGCUGCAUGACGCCACACGGCUGAGCCGCUACAAGAUCAUCAAAAUGCUGCUCCUGCACGGGGCCGACAUGAUGGCCAAGAACCAGGCUGGCAAGACCCCGACAGACCUGGUGCAGCAGUGGCAGGCGGACACGCGCCAGGCACUGGAGACCAAGGAGCAGCCGCAGGGGGAGACGGAGGUCCCCGCGUGACAGUGCCGGGCAGGGACCAGGGACUGGGCUCGGCUCCAAGGAGCAGGAUCCAGCUGAGACUUGUCCAUGUCAAUAAAAGCCAGCAA